AUGAAUAAAGUUGUAGUUAUUACAGGAGCAUCAAGUGGGAUUGGUAGAUCAUUAGCUUUGACAUUUCAUAACUAUGGGUUUAAGGUAUUCGCAACAUCAAGAAACAUAGAGAGGAUGAAUGAUAUGUUGGAGAUGGGUAUUAAAGUGUUGGAGUUGGAUGUGACAAGUCAAGAUAGUAUUGAACAGACAAUCAAGGGUAUAGUAGAGGUAGAAGGUCGAAUAGAUAUACUGAUCAAUAAUGCAGGUAUCACUAUGUUUGGUCCGGCGAUCGAGGUACCCAUGAUCGAUCUCAGAACUCUAUUUGAAGUUAAUUUCUUUGGUCUUAUUGCUACUACCAAUCAAGUGGCACCUCACAUGAUCAACGCUAGAAAAGGGAUCAUUAUCAAUAUCGGUAGUGUCGCUGCUUGGAAUGGUAUGCCAUUUGGAUCGUCGUAUAGUAGUUCAAAGGCAGCUCUUCAUAAUUGGUCAGAUGCACUUCGUAUGGAGUUGGAUCCUUUCAAUAUCAAGGUGAUCACCAUUGCACCGGGUCCCAUUUCAACCGGGAUCAUUGAAAAGGCUACUCCACUACUCGAUCACAUCAUGGAGCGAUCAGUGUAUCGUGCUAUUGCUAGUGACAUAAAUAAUCGUCCUCAAAUGUCUAAAUCACGUCAAGUACCCGUUCAAUCAUUUGCAGAUUUUGUGCUAUCAACCAUCUUUUCUCGUCGUAUACCAGCUAAUGCUGCAUUUGGUCCUGGCUCGGUCAUUCUAAGGUUCCUAUCCUAUCUUCCGACUUGGCUUUCAGAUUAUAUUUUAAAGAAACAGUUUGGUCUCGCAAAAUUAAAAUCAAUCAUUCAAAAGGCCGACAAGGAUAAUCGUCCCUCUAAUCCUGUUGAUCUUUCAAAUAAUAAUAAUAAUAAUAAUUUUAAUCAACCUGAUAUUGUAGAGGUCGGUAAAGAACAGUCAACUGAAUAA